AUGAAAAGUGGUUUCCAUUUAAUUGAAGAGGUAGGCUUAGUAGCAUUUACAUUUGCUCUGGGGUGUGGCACUGCAAAGAGCAAAAUGGCUUUGGAGUUUGAGGUACAGCCUUGGAAGGAUUCACCACAUUCCUCACCACCCUUCGUGUCCUCCAACUUCUCUGCAAGAUUUCCUCACUUUCUAGGCCCUUGUCUCACGGCUUUGAAUCUUGAAACACAACUUGUCUUUCAAGUUAAACCUCCCAUAACUGCAGCAACAAAUGUGUCUCACUCCAUCAUUGUAGGUAAUUAUUCCACACCUAUCAUAAUGCCAUUCAGGAGCAUAGUGCGUGAGCUCAAGGAGAUUGGAGAGGGCAUCAGCAACAUGUGCAGAAGAGGAGGAGAGGCCAAGCAUGUUCAUCGCCAUGGAAAAUCUCACAUUGCACCAGAAUGUUCCCUACCACCACCACCUCCACCAUCGUCGUCAUCAUCAUCAUCAUCAUAUUCUUCGUCUUCUUCAUCACAGAGCCGGUGGGCUAACUUACCACCUGAGUUGCUACUAGACAUAAUUCAAAGAUUGGAAGCCAGCGAAACAUCCUGGCCUGCACGUAGAGCACUUGUGGCAUGUUCCUCAGUUUGUAGGCUGUGGAGAGAGAUAACAAAGGAUGUGGUCAAGACACCAGAACAGUGUGGUUUGCUCACUUUUCCCAUAUCACUGAAGCAGCCUGGCCCGAGAGACUCACCAAUCCAGUGUUUUAUUAGGAGAGAAAGAGUGUCUUCAACAUAUUGUUUAUAUCUCGGCCUGAGCCCUGCUCUUUCUGGUGAUAUGAGCAAACUGUUACUGGCAGCAAAAAAGAUUCGAAGGGCAACAUGUACAGAAUUUUUAAUAUCAUUGAUCGCUGAUGAUUUCUCUCGAAAUAGCAACACCUACAUUGGAAAGUUGAGGUCUAAUUUUCUGGGCACCAAGUUCACAAUCUUGGAUGGCGAGUCCCCGCAUGAUUCUUCACUUCCAUUGAACUGCAAGUUGCAGCAAAGAGUCCAUCUGAAGCAGGUACUUCCUAAGGUUGCUGCUGCUAACUACAAAGUGGCCACGGUAUCUUAUGAACUCAAUGUCCUCCGAACAAGGGGUCCAAGGCGAAUGCGGUGUACCAUGCACUUGAUCCCCAUAUCUGCAAUCCAAGAAGGAGGGACUGCUCCUACUCCUUUGAAGUUUACCAAUUAUCUUAAUGAGCAUGCAUCCACCACCACCACCCCAGACUCGAAAGGAAAGAAGCCAGAAGUUGUUGAGUUUGACACAACUGGCACUGACAAUACUCAAGAAUCAAGCCAAAGGGAACCAUUGGUUUUGAAAAACAAGGCCCCUAGAUGGCAUGAACAACUGCAAUGCUGGUGCUUGAAUUUCAAGGGAAGGGUUACAGUGGCCUCUGUGAAGAACUUCCAGCUUGUGGCAGCUGCUGAACCAUGCCAAAAUGUUUCAGCUGCGGAACAAGAAAAAGUGAUUCUACAAUUUGGAAAAAUUGGGAAGGACAUAUUCACAAUGGAUUACCGAUACCCCCUCUCAGCUUUCCAAGCCUUUGCAAUAUGCUUGAGCAGCUUUGACACAAAACCAGCUUGUGAAUGA